CGAGCCGAGCCACGUACCAACGUCACCAGCACGCACUGACUUUUCUGGAGAGCAGGAAACGGCAGAUAGCACUAGUGACUUCUCCGCCGACCGGGAGAGGGACGGCUAUCAUCGAUCAGGAUUUCGGGAAAACCGAGAUUCAGAGGCUGUCCUAUGCUGGAUUAAAUUAUUUCAAAGUGUGCGAAACCAACAUGAUUGCGGAUAACUACAUUUUACACGGCGGAUCUUGUAUUUAGGACACAGAUCAUAAGUUUUCCUGGUCUCCGUGAGCUCCAAGGUUUCUUCUGGAUCUAGAUAGCUGUCUGCUUUUCUUUUUGCUCCUUUCUACUUGGUGACGCGGCUCAACAGCAGAGAAGUGGUCUAACGUUAGAAGAAAUACCGUUGGAUGUUAACUUUUUCACAACGUUGCCUUAAGUACUUAUUGCGUCAUUUGUUGGUGCACCGAAUGCACUUUUGGGGCCUUACUUAUUUCAGCACCGGAAAAUUGUGGGAUUCCCUCGCCAUCAAAUGAGUUGGCUAGUGUUAGCUUGUUAGCAUCAAAGCUAGCGGUGUUUAGCUUAGUAGCUAGCUGGCUUGCUAUUGACAUACGGGGGUUGGCUAAAUAUAAGUUUAAAUACGUGGUUACAGUACUCAUUUUUGACAUAUUAUGUUGUAUUAUGACCACAAUGGCGAGUCAUGCUAGAAGUUAAUUUAUGUCAAACACAAUUGCCAGUACAGCAAAACCAUGCAAUAUAUCCAAAUACCCAGAUAGCAAGCUAGCACUUGAUUCAGAUAAUUGUCCAAUGUUGGUCUGGUUUGUGAGGCCUCUGGAUUUUUUCCUUCGUGUGGCGAACAUUUCACAGACCGAUUUCUUUUUUCUCAGUUGAUGGAUUUUAUGAUUUUUUGAUGGCUUUGAGGAUUAUCACAACUUCACCGUUAGAUGUGAGGCCAAAACAAGAGUAGGAUAACCGGUCUCAGAUUACAUUUCAGAUAACGAACUGUUCCUGAAAACAAAAGAAAAGUGGACUUGACGGAUAUCUAAACAGUGCGAAGAUGAUGUGCGAGGUGAUGCCCACCAUCAGUGAGGCAGAGGUGGGCCCUGGGAAUGGCAGCGGCAGGGGCUCUGGGUCCCCGCUGCAGUCCGACUCCGAGGGCCACUUCGAGUCGCUGAUGGUGUCCAUGCUGGAGGAGAGGGACCGGCUCCUGGAAACCCUGCGGGAGACCCAGGAGAACCUGGGCCUGACCCAAAGCAAGCUGCACGAAGUUAGCCACGAGAGGGACUCCUUACAGAGGCAGCUCAACUCGGCUCUGCCCCAGGAGUUUGCAGCGCUGACCAAGGAGGUGAACAUGUGCCGCGAGCAGCUCCUCGAGAGGGAGGAGGAGAUCGCCGAGCUGAAGGCCGAACGCAACAACACACGGUUGCUGCUGGAGCAUCUGGAGUGCCUGGUGUCCCGUCACGAGCGCUCCCUCAGGAUGACGGUGGUGAAGAGGCAGGCCCAGUCUCCGGCUGGGGUGUCCAGCGAGGUGGAGGUGCUCAAGGCCCUCAAGUCUCUGUUCGAGCACCACAAAGCCCUGGACGAGAAGGUUAGGGAGAGGCUGCGGGUAGCACUCGAGCGGUGUAGUGCCUUGGAGGAACAGCUGACAAAUACUAGCAAGGAGCUCAACUAUCUCCGCGAGCAGAACAGUCAGAAGAAGCUGCUGAUCGACGGCACGACGGAAAUCAACCACAACUCGGAGAGCGUGCCCAGCACAAACGGCAAGCGCUCGUCGGACGGCUCGGAGGAGGACGCUGGGCGUGUGGUGGAGUUGCAGGAUCUCAUCGACCGGCAGAGCAAGGAGGUGCUGCAGAUGAAGGAGCGCCUCGUGUGCCUGACCGGCCGUGUGGCCGAACUGGAGGAGGACCUGGACACUGCCCGCAAGGACCUCAUCAAGUCCGAGGACAUGAACACGCGCUUGCAGAGGGACAUCCGAGAGUCGAUGGCCCAGAAGGAUGACAUGGAGGAGCGCAUCACCACGCUGGAGAAGCGCUACCUGGCCGCUCAGAGGGAGGCCACGUCCGUGCACGACCUCAACGACAAGCUGGAGAACGAGAUCGCCAACAAGGAGUCGCUCUUCCGCCAGACGGAGGAUAAGAACCGGCAGCUGCAGGAGCGUCUGGAGCUGGCCGAGCAGAAGCUCCAGCAGACCAUCAGGAAGGCGGAGACGCUGCCCGAGGUGGAGGCGGAGCUGGCACAGAGAGUCGCCGCUCUCACCAAGUCUGACUCUAAGGACUCUCAGGACACUAAAGCUCAGAGGAAGGCUGAAGAGCGCCAUGGUAACGUGGAGGAGAGGCUGAAACAGUUGGAGGCACAGCUGGAGGAAAAGAACCAGGAGCUGCUCAGGGCCCGCCAGCGAGAGAAGAUGAACGAAGAGCACAACAAGCGUCUGUCCGAGACGGUGGACAAGCUGCUGUCAGAGUCCAACGAGAGGCUACAGCUCCACCUAAAGGAGAGGAUGUCUGCUCUGGAGGAGAAGAACACCCUCAUUCGUGAUCUUGAGCACACUAAGAAGCUGAUUGAGGAGGCUCACCAUGAAAAGGAGCAGCUUCUGAUUCAGAUUGAGACCAUGAGGGCUGAGAACGAGCAGGGCCGCAGCCGGAGUAACUCUCUACUGCACGGGCGCUCUCAUCUUGGCAGCACCCCGGACUUCAGGUACCCAGUGUCGGCGUCGUCCAUGAUGGACAGCCACUCUGACCACUACAACAGCGCGCUGGUGCUGCGGCGACCACAGAAGGGCCGGGUGGCUGCCCUGAGGGACGAACCCUCCAAGAGGCAUGUGCAAACUCUCAACGAGCAGGAGUGGGAGCGCGUGCAGCAGGCUAACGUGCUGGCCAACGUGGCGCACGCUUUCGAGAGCGACAUGGACGUGUCGGACCUGGAGGAUGACCGCGAGACCAUCUUCAGCUCGGUGGACCUGCUGUCCCCUGCCGGCCAGGCAGACGCCCAGACGCUUGCCCUCAUGCUGCAGGAGCAGCUGGAUGCCAUCAACAAUGAGAUCAGGAUGAUCCAGGAGGAGAAGGAGAGCACGGCGAUCCGGGCCGAGGAGAUUGAGUCUCGGGUGGGCAGUGGUGACAGCCUGGGUGGCCGUUUCCGCUCCAUGAGCUCGCUCCCUCCCUCCCUGCUGGCCCCAGGUCACGCUGGCUCCUCGCCGCCCGGUUCUGGCCACUCCACGCCCCGCAGGGCCCCGCGCAGCCCCAACCGAGAGGUGGACCGCAUGGGGGUCAUGACCCUGCCUAGCGACUUGCGGAAGCACCGCAGGAAGUCUGAGCAGGACGACAAAGCCACCAUCAGGUGCGAAACGUCUCCCCCCACCACCCCGCGCUCCAUGCGUCUCAACAAAGGGGCCAUCCACGCGGCCAGUCACGAAGACAUCCGAGACCUUCGCGGUAUCGCUGGACUGCAGGACGGUCAGGGCAGCAACCCCAGCAGCAGUAACAGCAGUCAGGACUCGCUCAACAAGGCUGCCAAGAAGAAGAGCAUCAAGUCCUCCAUCGGCCGCCUGUUCGGCAAGAAGGAGAAAGGCCGGCCCAGUCCCUCCAGCAAAGACUCCAGCCUGGCUGGAACCCCAGAGGGUGAGGGCUCUCCAGACGGGCUGGGGAUCAGCAAGCUGGGCGGCCCAUCAGAGAAGAACAGGAAGCUGCAGAAAAAUCCCAAAACAGGGCAUGAGCUUCUGGAGGAAGCUCGUCGGCAGGGCCUGCCCUUCGCUCAGUGGGACGGACCCACGGUAGUGGUCUGGUUGGAGCUGUGGGUUGGGAUGCCUGCCUGGUAUGUUGCAGCGUGCCGUGCCAAUGUGAAGAGCGGCGCCAUCAUGUCGGCACUGUCUGACACAGAGAUCCAGCGGGAGAUCGGCAUCAGCAACCCGCUACACCGGCUCAAGCUGCGGCUCGCCAUCCAGGAGAUCAUGUCCCUUACCAGCCCCUCUGCACCGCCCACCUCCAGAACGUCCACGGGGAACGUGUGGGUGACGCAUGAAGAGAUGGAGAGCCUGGCGGCCACGCCUCCCACGGAGGAUGACGAGGGCACCUGGGCCCAGACUCUGGCGUAUGGCGACAUGAACCACGAGUGGAUUGGUAAUGAGUGGCUCCCCAGCCUGGGUCUGCCCCAGUACCGCAGCUACUUCAUGGAGUCCCUGGUGGACGCGCGCAUGCUGGACCAUCUCACCAAGAAGGACCUCCGGGGUCAGCUCAAGAUGGUGGACAGCUUCCACAGGAACAGCUUCCAGUGUGGGGUGAUGUGCCUGAGGCGGCUCAACUACGACCGGAAGGAGCUGGAGAGGCGACGAGAGGAUGCUCAGCUGGAGAUCAAAGACGUGCUGGUGUGGAGUAACGAGCGGGUGAUCAGCUGGGUGCAGGCCAUCGGGCUGAAGGAGUACGCCAACAACCUGCUGGACAACGGCGUCCACGGGGCGCUCAUCUCCCUGGACGAGACCUUCGACUACAACGCCAUGGCCCUCCUGCUGCAGAUCCCCAUGCAAAACACGCAGGCUCGAGCAGUGCUGGAGCGUGAGUACAACAGCCUGUUGGCCGUGGGGACGGACAGGAAGAUGGAGGAGCGUUCGCUCUCCUCUCUUCUCCUCUCGCAGGACGACGACAAGAACUUCCGGCGAGCCCCUUCCUGGAGGAAGAAGUUCCGUCCCAAAGACGUGCGGGGGAUGAACAUCGGCUCGGCCGACACGUUGCCCGCCAACUUCAGGAUGGCCAACAGCAGCGCUUCUUCCCCCGCCAUGCAGCCAAAGAAACUCCAGAUGGACGCAGCGCAGAUGCUGGACUCUGCCACGGUCAGGACCUACUCAUGCUAACCAGGCCUGCCAGCCCGGCCCAGCCUGAUGGGCACCAUGUUUAUGCUCAUUAUCUCUAUAGGUGAUGAGCUUGCCGAAGAGGUGGACCUCUCACCGAGCUGAGCUCUAAAUGGACGAGGACUCUUAACUAUAUCAUGGAAGAUGGCAUUUGCAAAUCUCCCCCGAUAGCCUCGAGAACAUAUUUUAGAUGUAAUGAUUAUUAUAUUUAUCUAAACCAGUGGGACAUUUCAUUUAUGUAGUUCUACUAUGUCUGUAUGUAAAAGUUUUAUUUUUGUUUGUCCCCCCAACAUCAUUUCUUUUGUUUGUCUAUAUCAUGCUUAACUCUUUCAGAUGUAACUGAAUGUAUCACAAGUCUGAAGUUUGUAUAUUUAUCUUACAAACGUUAUCUAAUCGUUUUAUUCUCACCUUGUUAUCGACCAGAUGUACUUUUUUUCCUUUCUACCCAUUCUUGUUUUUAAUCAAACUUAAGCUCAAGUGACUUUAUUGUGUGAUUUGAACUUCAUUUGUGUCACCCUUUUAGUUAUGGAUCAUAUCGCUGUUGAUCAUUUCUGUUUGUUUUUAAAAGUGGCUCUUUAGGUCAACUGUAUUAUGUGAAUAUCAGAACAGGUGCAAACCAUAGACUGAAACUUCCUCCUCAAACUGAUGAAAUGUGGACACUUGACAGUGGAGCAUGACACCCCACACACACACACACACACUCACUCCUCUAUCCCUCUGAACCCUGUUGGACAUUUCAUGUGAAACGGUUCGCCCCUUUCUUUGUACUUUUUUCCUGCUAAACCAAAAUGGAACUCUUGAAUAAGCCAUAAAUGGUAGCGACAAUGAGGGCUACUUUUUUCGGAGGCAUCUUUAUUUUUGGACAGAGGUGUUCCUGCCGAAAACCCAGGUUGUCCGGUGAUCCUCAUGUGCUGAAACUCUCCAUUCCUACCCCCUCCUUCCACACAAGAGACACGUGCGAAAGCAAACGCAUCUGGAUGAGUGUGUGCAUUUUGCACACCCAUGCGUGUGUGUGUGUGUGUCUGUGUGUGCAUUUUGCACACCUGCGUGUGUGUGUGUGUGUCUGUGUGUGCAUGUGUGUGUGUGUUGCGCUGAAUUGCUUUUCUCACAGGACCAACCCCACUGUGGCCUCAACUCCAACCACGUGCUGCCCUCCCCUUAAGAGGGCUUCAUGAUCCCACCCACGUCCACCCGCUCUACUCCUCCUUUAAUCAAGCCUUAUUGCUCUCUCUCUCUCUCUCUCUCGUUUGUCUUUUUUCUAUUUGCUGUCCAUCCUCAUUGUUGUUUCUCUCCUCGUCAUCGUGUAGACCUAUUUAGAAGUUGCCAUUUGUUUUUGCUCUUUCUCUUUUGGAUCAUCUUAAAGGCUGGAUGGUUUCUUUUUUUCCGUCAAGGAAAUGAAUAUUGUGAUCAGGUCCCUCUGAACUGUUUUGAGCAAAUAAUGUAGAGGAGCUGAAGAUGCCCUUUACCCUCCCAGAAAGUGCUGACAUGUUGGUAGUUUGUCAUUGUUCUUUGUGCUGUAGGAUUUAUGCACACUUCAAAUCAUGUUAGUCCUGUUUUUAAAUUGUCUCCCAUAUCGCGGUUUAAAAAUCUCCUGAUCUUGUAACAGAAAUUAUGUACAGUCUGAGUACUUAUGAACUAUUUUUAUCACAGUAUUAUUUAUUGCUUCCUUUCAAUAAAAUACUGAAACUUAUUUUCCACUGCCAAUAAAAAGACUAAGUCUUUGUGUUAAAAACAA